AUGAACUCCCUUGGCCAGUUCCUACUUCUGGAGAAACAGCGAUUCACAGGGAACAACUACUCAGACUUCGUACUUGUCUUCAAGCCUGCCAUUGUCAGGCAAGGUCUUGGGGGCUACCUCGAUGUCGCAGAGAACGCAUGGAACGCAUGCAAGCUUGAGAAGUAUCUCAACAACAAAGACCCUGUUGAGGCAUAUGUCAACGCCAAGUUCUUGGCCUGGUGUGACUUCACAUCCCAGGGUGCGGUUAACAAUGAACGGACCUAUAUCGCAGGUCUAGUUGCCGGACUAUCAAGUGAAUUCAUCCCUAUAAUCCCGAUGAUCAUCAAUGCAGCGACACCUAUUGAGGCUCACCAGAUCACCAAAAGCUUCAAGAGUGUUGUUAAUAUUGUUGGAGGUGUUACCCCGUUGUCCACUGUGAUGGCCACCAACGCAGCGGCGGUCCCCGUUACGUGCAGCAACUGCAAGAAGCGCAGCCACACAAUUGAGAAAUGCUGGUCAAAGGGCGGUGGUCGCGAGGGGCAAGCACCAGCCUGGUUUGGUCGUCGCGGUGGCAAUCGAAAUGGCGAUGGGGGCAGCGGCAGGAACCAGGAUGUUACAACGUCAAUGAAUGUGAUUGCGCUGCAUGCGGUGGCCAGCCUUGCCACUUGCGAUGCGACACUAGACAACGCAGGCUUCCCUGAAGCACCGGACUUGAUUGAUGGGGUUGUGGGUCAGGUAGUCCCCACAUACCUAGAUUCCGGAACUUCCAAUCACUGCUUCACCAAUAGAUCCGAUUUCUCUUCUUAUGUGCUGCAGUUGCAAACCGGUCAAGCUGCACCAGUUGGAGAGGCAGGAACAUUCAAGAUCCUCGGAAAAGGGACCGUCAUAAAAGAAUUCAUGGUUGGGGAGAGCAUCCACCGACUUACCUUUUCCGACGCACUACACACGCCAGACUUGCAUGCCAAUUUGGUGUCUGUGGGCCAGCUUGAUGAGCGCGGGUACACAACAACGUUCAGCGGCAAGAAGGCAUCAGUCACCAACCGAGAAGGGAAAGGAUUCACUUGCCUUUGGAACGAGAACCGGAUGUACAGAAUUGGUGGGGGAGCUACAGAGGUUAAGAUGAGGCCGCGUCCAGAGAUAAUGGCGACACGCACGCUUGAAGACUUGCACCGAUGCUUUGCACACGCCGACACCCGCACUAUCCUCAAAAUGGACCGCCGCAAACUUGUGGAUGGCUUGGAGAUCGGAAGCCAGGCUCUCAAUGGGAGAUGCAUCGGAUGUCUGCACGGGAAGCAACCGGCCCUUCCGCAUGUCCACCCCAUUGCCAAUGGCGCCAAUGAUCCAGGCGAUCUGGUGUGCAUGGACCUAUGGGGCCCUGCACCAGUGGUAGCGCAAGAUGGAUCACACUAUUGGAUGAUCAUUAUUGAUGCAGCAACGUGCGUCCGCGACCUUUAUUUCUUACCGUCAAAGGAGGCGGAUGGAACUUUGAAGCCGCUAAAGAUAUUUUGGAAGCACCUAGAGACGCAGAUGGGACAGAAGAUCAAAUGCAUACAUGUUGACGGCGGAGGCGAAUUUGCCCAGUCAUCAGUGUGGAAGACAUACCUUGAGGAGAACAGAAUCAUUGCGGAGGUAACUGCCCCGCACUCCUCUGAGUUGAAUGGCAUGGCAGAACAUAGAAACCGGACAACAACUGACAAUGUGAAUGGUGGAAACAAGUUGGGUGUUUGGGUCUUAGACGGCGUUAUGGUUGGAUACCUCGGAGGUGACUCAGGUUACCGGAUCUUGACCAAUGGGGGAAAAGUGGUUGCGGCUGGGGACGUAAUAUUCGAGCAUGGUAACCCGCACUGCACACUGGCCAAUGUCGAUGCCCCCACCGACAACGACCUUGCCCCACCUCCUACCGCUAUCCCACCAUCUACCGCUGAUAGGCUGGCUACCAGACACGCUCUGCACCAGCUCUGUAAGGGCGUAUUUUUGCGCUUUUACAGAGUUUACUCCCGAACCACUCGGUGUAUCGUGUCGCGGUGA